AAUGGAUCCUGCAAUGUGCGGAAUGGAUUUAAUUGACAGUCUUUUAGCAACUAUAAAUAUAAAUAUAUAAACUGAAAAGACAGUUGUGGUUCUACAACUCUGCUCUCAAAUCUUCCUUCCAAAUCGAAAAUGGCUACCAAAAUUUACAUAGUAUAUUAUUCAAUGUAUGGGCAUGUGGAGAAACUAGCAGAAGAGAUAAAGAAAGGGGCAGCAUCUGUUGAAGGAGUUGAAGCUAAAUUGUGGCAAGUACCUGAAACGUUAUCAGAAGAGGUGCUAGCGAAAAUGAGUGCACCUCCAAAGAGUGAUGUGCCUAUUAUAACACCUCAAGAUCUUGCUGAAGCUGAUGGUUUCGUUUUUGGAUUCCCUACAAGGUUCGGAAUGAUGUCCGCUCAGUUUAAAGCAUUCCUUGAUGCAACUGGAGGUCUAUGGAGAACACAACAACUAGCUGGCAAGCCUGCAGGCCUAUUCUAUAGCACUGGAUCCCAAGGUGGUGGACAAGAAACAACACCGUUGACUGCUAUAACUCAGCUUGUUCAUCAUGGAAUGAUAUUUGUACCCAUCGGAUACACAUUCGGUGCUGGCAUGUUUGAAAUGGAGAACGUGAAAGGAGGAAGUCCAUAUGGAGCUGGAACAUUCGCUGGUGAUGGCUCCAGACAGCCAUCUGAGCUUGAAUUGCAGCAGGCACAUCACCAAGGUAAAUACAUCGCUGCCAUCGCCAAGAAACUCAAGGGUGCACCCUAAUUUCUCCUGCAAAGACAUUCUUCUAAUACAUAAUUUAUCUCUGUGAUUGUCAAAGUCUACUUUUUUUAAUUGGGUGUGGAAUCUGUAUGUAUCUGAUUACUCUGUAAUUGUGUGUGUCAAAAGUACCAAAUAUAUAUCUUUAAUGGUUGCAAAUACAACACAACUUGAAUAUUGUUUAUAGUGAGUGAUAUAUUGAAUGUAAAGUCUCGUCUCUC